GAGCGUUGCUCUUCUAUUUCAAGAGCGAAAAGGCGGCAGCUGAGGUUGUAAACAAAUACACGGCAACGGAAGGACACAGCAACAAGAAGACACAGAAACAGCAUGAUGCGGGCUCGGUUACGUGUAAAGUUCCUUGACGAUGCCAACGUGGAGAAAGUCAGAGAUAAGGAGGAAGGAGUUGUAGUUAGAGUUGUAGCACCACUGUCCCAGCGUAACUGUGGAAGGACACAGAACUCAUGCAAUGGCUUCAGUCAUGAUGGUGCAGAAUUACCUACGGUGCAAGAGACGGAUGAAUACAACCAGGAGGUUUUCUUUAAGCCAACAGAAUUGUUGGGGAAUGAAGAAAAUCACAUUAGAACAGCCACUGUGUUUGGAUUUCACACUCCAAAGAAAAGACUGAGCAUGUUGGAGAAAGCUGAGUCUGCUACCAAGACAGGCAACUCUCCAGGGACACCUCACACCCCUCACUCAACCCACAGAAGUCUUCCGGGUACGCCAAGGACACCCAAGACACCAAAUUCUGCCAGAAAAAGCGCUUUGAGAACCCCCAAAAGUGCAAGAAGACUGUCUGUGGCACCAGAUGCUCAAACUCCUUACACCUUCAGGAAAAGAGUAAAGAAUCGUAUUACACAGAUGGUGUGUGAGGAAACUGGGCUGUCUUCUGAUGAGGAUUCGGAUUACAAAAUCACUUCCAGUGAAAGUGAAUCUGAUGUAGAUGACAGUGAAACUGAAGAUAUCGAGUUUGGAGACAUUUCUGUUCAAACUCCUGGCAAAACUCCAAAGAGGUUGCCACACCUAGCACUCAGGGCCAAACCUGGCACUCCUAAGACCCCGUCCAGGACACCAAGAAGAGCAACCAAAAUAAAGGAUGUUAAUGUGGUUAUGAAUUCAGAGGAUUACUUCAUUGCUAAUGGAAAUUCAAAGAAGAUAACCACAUCAGACCACACACUGAGUCACCUCAAGACCUCAGGUUUGUCAGCAGACACCUUACAGGCUGCACUGGCAGAACUGGCUCCUGCUCAUCCUGAGGAAAGACAGGCACUGGUACAAGAACAUGUUGCCUCCUUCCCACGAUGGAUGACUUUCUUAUGUGAGGGUUUCAGCCUGUUUCUGUAUGGCCUUGGAAGUAAGAAGCAGCUUGUAUCCAUGUUUCAAGAGGAAUACUUAACUGAUUAUGACCACAUAGUAGUGAAUGGAUUCUUCCCAUCACUUUCUCUAAAAAGUAUUUUGAAUAGCAUCACAGAAGACAUUCUGGGUAACUGUAGUGGCUUUCGUGGUGUCCCAGAGCAAUUAGAGUACAUCAAGUGUGUAUAUUCAAGAGCUACAGCUGAUCCACUUUUUAUUAUUGUCCACAACUUGGAUGGUCCAAUGCUUCGUGCAGCCAAGACUCAAUCUGUGCUGGCAAACCUGGCUGCCCUCACAAGCAUUCACCUUGUGGCUUCAUUUGACAACAUUAAUGCUCCGCUAAUGUUAGACAGUAUAAAGAUGAGACAUUACAAUGCGUUAUGGAUUGAUGCCACCACUCUGGACCACUACUCAGAAGAGACCUCAUUUGAAAAUUCAUUGCUUCUACAACAGUCUGCAUCACUGACUCUAUCAUCUCUUAUUCAUGUCUUCAAAUCUUUAACUCCAAAUGGCAAAGGAAUAUUUCUACUGUUGGCCAAGUAUCAAAUUGACCAGAAAGAUAAUUCUUCAUAUAUGGGUAUGUCCUUUGUGGAUUUGAGGCAGCGCUGUUGGGAGAAGUUCCUGGUCAAUUCAGACUUAAGUCUACGUGCUCAACUGACUGAAUUCAAGGAUCACAAACUUAUCCGCUUUAAGAAAGGGACAGAUGGUGCUGAAACAAUUAUAAUUCCUCUCGAUGAAAUAAAGUUGAAGGAUUUUAUUGAACAACAAGAACUCAGUGAAGUGUAAUGGCUCAAAAUAAUUGGAGAUGAAUCUAAAGCCAAUGAUGCUUUCAUAAAUGUAGACUAAAUGGAUAUCAGAGAAGCAGACAUUGUGGAUUUCACUGAUCUACCUGAACCCUUGUCAUCUUCAGUAAACCAAAUGUGUAAUUUGUAUAAAUUUAAGUACUUAAUUUGUACAAUUGAACAUCGAAGUUGGAGCUAUGUAAAACAAGUAUACCACCAAUUAAUGGGAACUGAUGAUGUAAUACUUUAGUCUGGAGAUAAUACAAGAGAGAACUUGAAAACUUCUUAACUGCCUAACUAAUCUAUUGUUUUUAUGUAAUGAUUCACAGAAAUGCAUUGUGUAUGUGCAUGUUAGGAUAGCAGCCAAGAUAUGAGAAAAAAUGUUGAUAUGAUGGAGAUGGAAAUACCAAGCACCACAAGAGUAAAUGUACCAAUGGCUAGAUUAUAGCAGGUGCUUCUGCUUUAAUUAUUGGUGAGAAGUUAGUUAAUUAAUUAUCAUGUGAUCUUGGUUAGCCUGGCUUAAUUAAUGAACCAGGACAGUUGUAGAGCCAUAGAGUUGGUGAGCAUGUAAUGGUCUUUUAUAACUAUUUGAAAUAACUUUUUUCAGUUCAUCUCGUAUUAUGUUUAUCAUUAAUAAAUAUUUGUAUUUUGUUA